AUGCUCCAAGAACCAAGGAUAACCACUCUGGGCCAAGAUCCACGGAGUAGAACCUAUCGAAUAAACGCCAAUAGUUUCCAGCAGAAUGCGAUAACAACGAUUAACGGAUGGCAAUAUGCGGUAUACUACACAGAAGAAAUCGAAGAAGAUGGAAGGAAUGUUUGUUUUGUGAAUCUCUCUCGACGAAAAAUUGAUGGAGGGGCAGGAACGUGGGAGAGGUUGACCUUUAGAGAUUAUGAGCAGACUGCGGAUGAUGGACAUAAUACCAUAUCUGUUGGGGUUUGUCGAGGGGAUGGAAGCAUUCAUUUAGCUUUUGAUCAUCAUUGUGAUCAGUGAGAGCUCUCUUCUUCGAGUUAAAUGAUGAUUGUAUUGACGUAGAUAGGCUGAGGUAUCGAGUGACGAAAUUGAAAGACGGGAAUGGCGAUGAUAGCUGGUCAAUAUCUUGCUUCACUGAAACCCAAGAUUUCUUACCAGGUCUGGAGUCUAGCGAAGUGAUCAAAGAAGUGAGCUAUCCACGAUUUCUGAACGUCGAUGAGGAUCUGCUUCUCACCUAUCGAAUCGGCCAGUAAGCGAAAUUUAUUUUCCUACAAAAUUGGUGUAUAGCUAACCUUAACAGAGCAGGCGAGGGUUCAGACGUCUUAUAUCGAUACUCAUCCAUAACCCACAAGUAUACAUACCUCGGACAAUACCUCACAGGCAUCAAGAACAACCCUUAUGUGAACGGAUUCGACUACCGUCUUAAUCGAGUGCAUAUCUCCUGGUGCUACCGUAACUUCGUAGCAUUUGAGUCCACAGAUCCAAAUGCACAUAAACAACAAGCCGGACCCAAUGGUCCUUGCAAUAACCAUGAUCUCAACUAUGCAUAUUCCGAUGACGUGGGCAAGACUUGGAAAGCUUCAAAUGGUGAGGUACUAGCAUCUAUACAAGGAAAUGAGAUAUUCAAUGGACGCAACUCAAUCUUGCCCAGUGCAAAUGGUAUUCGAGUCUUUGAUAUACCCAUGGGAAGCGGGAUACUAAAUCAAGAGGGCCAAGUGGCUGAUUGGGAUGGCGGAUUCUGGGCACUCAACCGUGAGUCAGUGACGCGGCCUGCUGAGUCCGGGUUGUCUGGUGAAGAGGAGCAUUGGAUGGUGUACCAUCGUGAUAUUGCAGGUAAGAAGAUGAAAGAGGUCCUUGUGGAGUUGCGAAUAUGGUGCUGAGACUUCACAGGGAAAUGGACAAAGAAGACGAUACAGCACUCCUCGAAAACAACUGAGACGGGCUCGAGGGCAAAGAUUUGUGUCGAUAGAGAGAGUAAUGUAUACCUCGUCUUGCCAGGGAAUUCAGACUCCAGUUUGGGCGUACUGCAGAGCCAGAAAAGUGAAGGAUACGCAAGGUUUGAAAAGAUUUGGACUGGAGAUGGGUACGAUGGCGAGCCGCUUGUUGAUGUGCAAAUGCUAGAGGUAUCAAACCUGUUGUCGAUUUUCACCAGGACUUCUGGAAAGGUUAGGGACGUGGUUGUGCUUGAUUUCGUCUUAGCUUGA